GAAUAACCUGUCUUUAUUCUUAGAAAACGAUUUAUACAUUAGAUUUUAAAUGGCAAGUGAUGAUAUGAACCAGCGAUUCCCUCGUGAACCAACGGAAUCUGAAGAUCCUAUAUUAACGAGCAGUAAUGGAUCGCCAACAUUUAUUCGAAAGAAUUUGAACAGAGAAGCAAAUAACAAAGUGAAUGAAUCUACAUCCUCAAAUCCUCAACGUGAAUAUACAAAUGAGAACAAUUUACCAGAUUUAUUAAGUAAAGUCGAAUUAGAUGAAAAAAAUGUGUUUCCACCAAGAGAUUUCAUCAGUGAAAAACCGGGAUCUUCUGUUGAUUAUCCUACCAAUUUCAACAAUAAACAUCGAAAAAGCGUUCCCAUUGAACAUACUGAUUUAGUAUUAUUUUCUCCUACGGAAACGGGAUCGCAUGAUGAUACUAACAUUCAGUAUACUCCAACACAAUCGUAUCCCUCUCCAUCUGAAUAUACCGCAGUUGCAACACCCCAACCGAGACUAAGGAGAAAGUCAUCCUCAUUAGAAGUGAAAACAGUAACAUUACCGAAAGUAAACUGUCCAGAAAAAAUUUUCAUUUGCGUCGAUCACUCUGAAGAAAUGUUUCAAAAUAAAUUUCAAACUCAAUCAGUGAAUCAAACUUCAGUUUAUAAAACAUUGACGAGCGCAAUAAAACAAUUUGUUUGCACAAAAUCAUUUCUUAAUAAGAAGCAUCAGUUUUCUUUAGUUAUGCUUAAUGAGGACACCCAGCUUAUAACAGAUUUUAGUUCCGAUUAUGAGGCUCUUUUAUAUAUGUUAAAUGAUAUUGGCGAAUCAUUGGUACAGGAUAAAACAAUGAGUCAGCAGAAUAAUGAAACUCUUUUUGAUCUUUCCAACAUGUUCAAUGUGAUUAAGCAACACGCUGGUCUGCCUAGAAUGAAUAUGAAACAAGCUGCAAAGGUACCUCCCCCAUAUGUGAUUCGUGUUGUCUUUAUAUAUGGGCGCUCAAACUCACGUCCAAAAUUUUUAGAUGGAUCGAAAAAUUUUACUCUUCUCAACAAUAGUCCAUUCUUUUUUAUAGAUUGUGUCUAUAUUCACCAAAAGAGUACUGAUAGUAAUAACAUUGAAUCUAUAUUUUCUGAUAUUUGUGCCCUCGAUAAACGUGGUACUUCUCAUGUUUAUGAAGUGUGUACGGACAGUAAUAUGGCAUGUUUGUAUAACGUUUUUGCAAAAUUAUUAGCACAUCCUCUUCAAAGACCUAAACAGAUGGAAGAUUCUAUCAAUUAUAAUUUAGAAGCUGAAUAGAGUGAAUCACCAAAAAAUUUUGUUUUUCGAAUAGAAUGAUUGAAGAAAUAAUGACAUGUUUGUAUCAAGGUUUUUGCAUACUCAUUUAGCUCCUUGAAAUGGAUUUUUAUUCCUAGAAAGCUUCAUUAUGUGGCACCAGUGAGAUGCAAAGAUUUUCCACAGUUUUCAAUUUUAUCUAUUACCUAUAUUCAAUCAGGGUUGUUUAAAACUAUUUUCAAACUUUUGAAAUUGGGUAUAUUUGAUAUAAUUAAUUCUAAUUUAAAAUUCGAUUCAAUUAAAUUUCCAUUUGAGAAUAUGAUGUGUCAAUUUGUAUAUUUCAAAUCUGACUGUCAGUUUUACUUUCUGCAAUAUAAAGACGAGAAUACUAAUUCGAACAAUUCAUUAAUAAAUGUAUUUUUGGCUUGUGUGUAAAUCGAUGCUGAAUGGAAUCAUGGCCAGUUCUGUAAUAUAUCUGAUAUUACAUAUUUGCAAGUACUUUUCCAAAAUGUUUUCGGAAUAAGUAAAUUAUUUGGUUUUGACUAUCCCUUUAUCUCAUAUAUCCAUUAUCAUGUACCAGCAAUAAUUUGAUAACAUGAACAAAAUAUUAUUACCGUAACUUUGAACAUUGGGAUACGAACAAUUUUGAAAUAUUGUAUAAGCAAUGGCCUCCAGGUAAUCGAAAGAAAUUAUGAAAAGGUGUAAAUGCAAAAGGCUUUUACGAGUGGAUUCUAUCUUUAAAUUAUGAAUACUUGAAAAAAAUUGGUCCAGUAGUUUAAAGAGGGAAGUCGUUUUUCCAUCCAACAAAAUAAAUAACGAUGCAGGAAUGUGAUUUAUAUCUUCAUCUUAAUGUUCUUUGCGAUUCAGUGCCAUAGAUGUUUCAAUAACUGUUUUUUAGGGUAGUUUUAUUGUAUCUAUAUUAUUUUGUAUUUGUUUGUUUCCAAUGAAUUAAGUUUCCAAAUAUUUAUGCAUGUCUACUGCAAUUAAUACCAGUUUUUUUCACAAUGUUUUAAUGAAAACGUAUUUACAG